AUGGCAUAUAUGACAGUUGUUUCUGUUAUGCUGAUACUAAGUCUUUUCCAGUGCAAGAUACUGUUUUCCACUAGCCUGGCAAGCAGUCAACCAAAUGUAGUGGAUGGACUUGGACUACACAAUGAUCUGCACAUUGCUAAGCAUGAGUCUAAAGUUACUCUUUUUUGGAACAAUAAUCUGACAGAAGAAGAAAUGGACAUGUUCAAUGUGAAGUAUGUUUUGAGUUAUAAAUUCUUCAAUUCUGCUCACGAGAGGAAAGAAAGGCUGCAGGAGAAGGAAAAGAUAAUACAUCUUGGCUUACAUUCUGGUUUUAGAGCUAAAGUUAAAACACAACUUUUUAAAAAAGGAACAGGAGCCCUAAUUAAGGAGAGUAGCUGGACUGAAUUUACUUACAAGGCACCUCCAGUUUAUGUUCAGAAUCUUUCAUGCGUCAUAUAUAACAUUUCUUUUUUCAAUUGCACUUGGCAUAUUAAAGCAGAGGCUCCUGAAGAUCUGCAAGUUUUUUUUUCUUUCAGGCAUAUAAAAAAAGAUUUUAAAUGCCAGGAAUACAUAAAAAAUGCAAGGAAGAAAAAUAUUGGAUGCCACAUGAAAGAAAUAUAUUUCCAACCAUCAAGAAAAAUCAAUUUAAACAUAUCGGUAAGAGAUCUGAAAAAUGAUUCAAGAAAACAGUCUUAUUACAAAACUUUUACACCUCAGACAAUAGAGAAACUGAAUCCCCCGGUCAAUGUCUCAGUUUUUCUUGAAAACAGAAGUGUUAAAAUUCACUGGAACCCACCGCCAACUAUUGGUUCUGCAAGAAACAGGUGCUUUAUGUAUCAAGUGAAAAUUACAGAUCGCAAGCCUGUAAAUGUCUCUGAAGAGAAAUAUGAGUAUCCAUUCCAUAAGCCUCCAUACAAAUGUGCAGCACAAGUGAGGGCAAAGAAAGAAAAAUGCAUAACAAACAAGAUUUGGAGUGAAUGGAGUGAACCAGUGUUUAUUGAUGAUGAAAAGACAGUGGACAUCAUGUUGCUUACCCUCAUCUUGAUUUGCCUCCUGGUUUUCCUCGGAUGCUUGCUGACGUAUGCAUGUCAAAGGUAUGGAUGCCUUGAAGCUCUAACUCUGCCUAUUCCACAGGCUUCAGAUCAUGUCAAAACUUGGUUAGAUGCAGAAGAGACUCAUCACCAGAAACAUAUUUCAAUGCAAGUGGAAAUGCACUCAGAGACUGGGCUGGAAAUUACAGAGGAGAACUGA